AUGGUCUCCAAGUCGGAUCCCAUCAUCAUCGUCGGCGGCGGCGCCUUCGGUCUCUCCACCGCAUUGCAUCUCGCGCAAAAGGGCUACACCAAUGUCUCGGUAUACGACAAGGACGACCACAUUCCCCCCGCUGCCAUCUCCGCCUGGAAGACCCCCCUCUUCGCCCCUUACUUCCACCAAACCGGCUUCCUGCACUGCGUCUCCGGCGAAGCCCCGGAAAAGGCCGUCGGCACCCUGAACAGAUUCCGCGCCUCCGCCGAGCGCAAUUCCCAAAUCAAGCCGCACGUCGUCCCCAUCCAGCACUCCGAGGACGCUCGGCAGGCGUGCUGGCAGCUAGACGGCCCCAUGGCCGGGUGGCAUGGGUACCUCAACCGUUUCGACGGAUAUGCCCACUCGGGCGCCGCGCUCGCGGGCGUAUACCGCGCUGCACAGGCGGCGGGUGUGCGGUUUUUCCUGGGCGAGCGGAAUGGCGCCGUAGAGGAAAUUGUGUAUGUCUCCAAGUUGGAGGGAAAGAAGGCUGCUGGUAUCCGCACUAAGAACGGUCGCUUCCACCCUUCUUCGCUGGUUAUUGUUGCUGCUGGCGCUGGUGUUGGUCGGCUUGUGCCGCAGCUGGGUCAGACGGUUGUUGCGAAAUCGUGGUCGGUUGCUCAUGUUCAUCUGUCCGAUGAAGAGACGUCUGCCCUGCGUGGUAUCCCUGUCACCUACGCGCGUGAUUUGGGAUUCUUCUUCGAGCCUGACCCCAAGACCAACUUGCUGAAGAUGUGCCCGAUGGGCGGAGGCUACAUCAACACCGAUCCCAAGACGGGUGUCUCGCAUGCGCCCGAGUCGCUGAAGGAAAGCGCUUUCCUCCCGCAGGAAGAUGAGACACAGUUGCGCAAGUUGCUGGCGCAGACUCUGCCCUCGCUGGCGGAUCGGCCGUUCGUGCAGAAGUCGCUGUGCUGGUUUGCCGAUACCAGUGACUCGGAUUUCAUCAUUGAUUAUAUCCCCGGUAUGUCGGACUCGAUUAUUGUCAUGUCGGGCGACUCGGGCCAUGGAUUUAAGAUGUUCCCCAUCGUCGGCUCGUGGGUGACGGAUAUGCUGGAGGCGCCGGGUGCGCAGCAGCCUGUUGCUCGUUGGCGAUGGAAGCAGCCCCCGUCGCAGGGGAAGAAGGGCGAUUGGGGUGGUGAUGUGAGUUGGCGGGUUGGAGAGACCAAGGAGUUAGCGGCGAUUCUGCCGCCCAAGGCCUCGAAGCUAUAG